GUGUUCACCCCUAAGACGGGCAACGUCCCUCCCCGCAUGCCAAGACACCCUCUCGGUCUUCGCGGUGUCCGAUCAGCCGUCGAUGAUUAAUGCGAACAAUCCGCAACUGACGAAUGUUUCUGGACCUUGGAAAUAUGGAUGUCCGACUUGCCGUAUAAAUACGUCAACAUGCCAUCUUAGAAUGCCGCAUUCAUCCCUUGCAUUUCCAUCAAUUAUUAACGCCAUUCCCCACUCCAUCAAAAAACGCAAAUAAAUUCAUUGCCACCCCUUCAGCAAUUUUCAGCAUGGCAGGAAGAGCAGUUCUCAUCACUGGCGCUACCGGCAAACAAGGUGGCUCAGUCGUCAACGCAUUGCUCAAAGCCAAUGCUCCCUUUGAAAUACUCGCUCUUACUCGCAACGCGCAGUCACCGUCCGCUCAAAAGCUCAUCAAGAAAUCUCCAAAGAUCAAGCUAGUCACUGGCAACCUUGAUGCCAUCGAAGACGCUUUCCGCACCGCCAAAAAUGCUACCAAGUUGCCAAUCUGGGGAGUCUUCAGUGUCCAGGUGCCGAUGGGCAAUGGCCAGAAUGCCGCGAGCGAAGAACGCCAAGGCAAGGCUCUCAUUGAUGCCGCUAUCACCAACGGCGUGAAACACUUUGUCUACUCCUCCGUCGACCGGGGAGGAUCAAGAUCAGACACCGACCCGACGAACGUUCCCCACUUUAUCAGCAAGCACAACAUCGAGCAACACCUGUUCCACAAGGCUAAAGGCAGCGGUAUGAACUGGACCGUCCUACGGCCCGUGGCCUUCUUCGAGAACCUGGUGCCUGGAUUCUUUGGGAAGGUAUUCACGACGAGCUGGGAGAUGGUGCUGCGCAAGGAGCAGACGCUGCAGUUGAUUGCGACAAGCGAUAUUGGUUUCUUCGCUUCUCAGGCCUUCCUCGGUCUGGACGAGUAUAAGGAUCAGAGUCUGUCGAUUGCGGGGGAUGAGAUGACUUACGGCGAGUUCAAGAGAACCUUUGAGCAGACAACGGGCGAGAAGAUUCCUACGACUUAUCGUUUCGUGGCGGCGCUUAUCAACUGGAUGGUCAAGGAGCUGGGGUAUAUGUACAAGUGGUUCCGGGAUGUUGGCUAUGGGGCCGAUAUUCAGCACUUGAAGAAAUUGAACCCGGAGUUGAGGGACUUUAAGACCUGGCUUGAGACGGAGAGCGCAUGGAAGUCGCGCUGAACGCUACAUAGUGGAGAAUUUGAAGUUUGGCAGCGGUUGAAUUUGUUUCGUCUCAUAACCAGGAGUUCGCUUAUCUUCUUCUUCUAACGGUCUUCCUCCGCGCGCCCCGCCGCUUUGGACAUAGCCAGCAAAUGGAAGCGCGCUGUCUGCUCCGAAAAUAGCCAGCACGUGACAGAUAAACGCUAGAGAAGAACGCCACACUUCAAGUCUAUAUGGCACACUAUCUUUAGUCCCUCUUUCAACUCAGCUCUCAUCGCUCCCUUAGGACCCGUUCUUUGUCAAGAAGCACAAUGGAUUAUUUCGAG